AAUGCACCCAUAAACGGGGGCUUUGGUGAAUCGGCCUUCUUAACUCUUUCAAAAAAAUAACCUAUACUUAUGCUAGAUUUGCACCAUGUCCACACUACAGUAACAUAAUAAUUUCAAUUGUCUUUGAAGUUUAAACCCACCCCACUAAUAAUUUUAUUUUUGUCUUAGGAUUUACUUAUUUUAGUAUGUCUGGAUUAACUAGACAGGAAAGACAACUAAAGACCAAAAGAGCAAAGAGUUAUGUCAGACACUGAAAAAAUGAUGUUAUAAAAUCCUAAUUGGUUGGUGUCCCGCGCUUUUCUGAAGACUUAGCUUCCAAUCUUUCUCAAACGGAGCUAGUUGUCGUAUAUAAUGAAGAGGUUAUGUGCUUCUACAUUUGCUCGUCGACUCUUCAAACCUCGUACUACAACAAAAAAACACAAACAUUUACAGGAAUCAAAGGAGAAAAUGGAGCAAUCACCAAUUGUCACUGUUAAUGACAACAAUGAUUAUCAGGAAUCAAGGGAGAGCAUGGAGAAGUCAGAUAUGAUCACUGCCAGUGCCAACAACAACUUUGAUUCUCAGAGUGCAACGGAAAAUGGGAAGGAGACUGGGAGUUAUGUUGCUACUAACAUCAUCCUAAACCAUGAAUUCUUGGAUGGGCUGCACUCUUGGCAUCCCAAUUGUUGCGAUGCUUUUGUGGUUCCAGCAGGUUCUGGAUAUCAUAAAGGAUUAGCAGCUGAGGAAGGCUGUUGUUAUGCUGUUGUCUCAAAUCGUAAGGAAUGUUGGCAAGGCUUAGAGCAAGACAUUACAAGCAGAGUAUCAGCAGGUUCCGCUUAUACAGUUUCGGCUUGUGUUGGAGCCUCUGGUACUUUUCAGGGUUCUGUUGAAGUCCUCGCCACGUUAAAACUAGUGUAUCAAAAUUCAGAAACAAGCUAUCUAUUCAUUGCAAAAAAAUCUGCUUCGAAGGAGUGUUGGGAGAUAUUAGAAGGUUCGUUUUCUCUGUCAACUAUGCCAGAUCAAGUUAUAUUUUAUCUCGAGGGACCUCCAGCUGAAACUGACCUGCUCAUAAAGUCAGUAGUGAUAUCAUGUCCUAGUUCUACUGCUUGUGAUAGUUCUGGCACAUCAUCUGUUUGUACCGACGAUGAUAACAUCAUAAUAAACCCUCAAUUUGAUGAUGGCCUCAAUAGUUGGUCUGGAAGAGGCUGCAAGGUGGCUUUGCAUGACUCUAUGGCGGAUGGGAAAAUCACUCCAAUGUCUGGAAAAGCAUUUGCAUCUGCAACAGAACGCACCCAGACCUGGAAUGGAAUUCAGCAAGAUGUAACAGGGAGAGUGAAGCGAAAACUAGCUUAUGAGGUAACUGCGAUUGUCCGGAUCUAUGGUAACAAUGUCACCACUGCAGAUCUUCGCAGUACAUUAUAUGUUAAAGCAGCUGAUAACCGUGAACGGUACAUCGGCAUUGCCAGUGUCCAAGCCACAGACAAAGACUGGGUGAAGUUGCAAGGGAAGUUUCUUAUUAAUGACUCCCCGUCUCAGGUUGUUGUCUUUUUAGAAGGUCCACCUGCAGGGACGGAUAUCCUCCUUAACAAUCUAGUCAUAAAGCAUGCAGCUAAACCUCCUUCACCUUCUCCACCAGUUAUUGAGGAUGCUGGUUUUGGUGUUAAUAUAAUCGCAAAUACAAAUCUGAAUGAUGGCACAAAUGGUUGGUUCCCACUCGGAAACUGUACAAUGAGUGUUCAAACAGGCUCACCACAUAUAAUGCCUCCAAUGGCUAGAGAUUCCCUUGGUGCUCAUGAGCCUUUAAGUGGCCGCUAUAUCUUGGUGACUGGUCGUACUCAAAACUGGAUGGGCCCUGCGCAGAUGAUCACAGAUAAAGUAAAACUCUAUUUGACAUAUCAAGUAUCUGCAUGGGUUAAAAUUGGAAAAGCAUCAGGACCUCAAAACGUAAAUGUGGCCCUUGGAGUAGACAGCCAAUGGGUGAAUGGGGGCCAAGCUGAGGUCAGCAGUGAUAGGUGGCAUGAAAUUGGAGGAUCUUUUAGAAUUGAGAAGCAGGCAACAAAGGUUAUGGUUUAUAUUCAGGGUCCUGCUGCUGGUGUAGACCUAAUGGUUGCUGGGCUUCAAAUAUUUCCAGUUGACAGGACUGCACGGUUUAGACACUUGAAGAGGCAAACUGCAAAGAUACGCAAGCGAGACGUAAUAUUGAAGUUCUCAGGAUCAGAUUCAGGCAGUUUGUUUGGCACAUUUGUUAGAGUUAGACAACUGCAAAACAGCUUCCCCUUUGGAUCAGCCAUAAGCAGAACAAACAUGGAUAAUGAAGACUUCAAUGAUUUCUUUGUCAAGAAUUUUAAUUGGGCUGUGUUUGGAAAUGAGCUGAAAUGGUACUGGACAGAAGCACAGAAAGGGAACUUAAACUAUAAAGAUGCUGAUGAGCUCCUGGACUUCUGCACAAAAAACAACAUCCAGGUUAGAGGUCACUGUAUCUUUUGGGAGGUGAUUGGCACUGUUCAAGCAUGGGUACAAGCCUUGAACAAAAAUGACUUGAUGACGGCUGUUCAAAACCGUGUAACAGGGCUACUGACACGUUACAAGGGGAAGUUCCCGCAUUAUGAUGUGAAUAAUGAGAUGAUGCAUGGUUCUUUUUACCAAGAUAGAUUGGGUAAAGACAUCCGGGUAAACAUGUUUAAAACUGCACAUCAAUUGGACCCUUCCGCCAUCCUUUUUGUAAAUGAUUACCAUGUAGAGGAUGGAAGUGAUUCCCGAUCUUCCCCUGAGAAGUACAUUGAGCAUAUUCUUGAUCUCCAAGAGCAUGGUGCACCUGUUGGAGGUAUAGGUAUUCAGGGACAUAUUGACAGUCCCGUUGGUCCCAUUGUAUGUUCUGCUCUGGACAAACUUGGUGUUCUUGGACUACCAAUCUGGUUCACUGAAGUUGACGUGUCUUCUGAUAAUGAAUACGUUAGAGCUGAUGAUCUAGAAGUUAUGCUUCGGGAAGCUUAUGCUCACCCUGCUGUAGAAGGUAUGAUGUUGUGGGGAUUCUGGGAGUUGUUCAUGAGUCGAACAAAUGCACAUUUAGUGAAUGCCGAAGGUGACAUCAAUGAAGCUGGAAAAAGGUACCUUGCUCUUAAGCACGAGUGGUUAUCCCAUGCUCAUGGUCAUAUUGAUGAACAAGGGCAGUUCAGCUUUAGUGGAUUCCAUGGUUCCUAUGAAGUGGAAGUCGUAGCUGUUUCCAAGAAAAUUACCAAGAAAUUUGUGGUUGACAAGGGUGAUAAUGCGCUGGUGAUCUCCAUUGAUUUAUCGUGAUGUUUUAACUCAAUUUAUCACCUCGCUGUAUGAUUGUGUGUUGUGCAAAAAUUAUGUUCAUACCUUUUAUCAUCUUUCUGUGCACGAGUCUGCUGCAAAUUGUCUCAUUUGUUUGUUUUAUUGUAUAUUUUCAAGUGAGUAAAUAAAGAAAGGUUUCUUGUGAUUAUAAA